AUGCUCAACAUGUCGGGUAGUCACGUUAUUGGUAACCGCAACAGUACACCAGAGGUUAACUCUGUGUCGUCUCUCCGCCCCCCUUCCUCGAGAGCAGUUGGCUCAGGGAGCUCUCUGCGAGCUUCUGCGGACAUGGCUGCCAUCUCGGCCUCUGCUUCAACGAGCCGGAUUCGACCUUCAUCCGACUUUUACGGACAACCCCAGCAGAGUCUUGGUCAAACUGGAUUUGAUGCAGACUCGCAAGAUAGGAUCGCUCAACAAUGGAUCGCCGACAUCGAUCAAUAUGAGACUACGCUGGAGGAAAUGGCAGCUGCUACGCUUGAUCAGGAUUUUAAAGAUGAACUUAGCGCUAUUGAGCAGUGGUUCCGAGUCUUGAGCGAGGCUGAGCGCACUGCUGCUCUUUAUGCUUUACUACAACAAACAACUCAGGUUCAGAUCCGUUUCUUUAUACAAGUCCUUCAGCAAAUGGGAAAGAAUCAUCCCAUGUCUGGUGUUCUGUCUCCUGCUACUUUCGACAAAGACCCGAUGACGAAUAGACUGAGCGAUGCCAUGAACAAACUUACGGUGGAAUCGUCCAGAAACUCGUUUGCCCGGACUUCGGCAGCCAGUGCCGCCAAACGACAAUCUGGCUUGGACCCCUCUACAAUCAACGCCAUGUUCCCAGACGCUGCUGCUGCCAUUGCAACAGAGAAAGCCAAAUUCACUCAGCAAACAGGGAAUCCUCCCGCGUCUAAUCGUAAUAGCGCCGCUGUUGAUGUGAGGAACUCACUCGUAUCUGCGCCUAUUGCUGCGCACCAAGAUUCUGGAGUCCCCAAUCAGGUGCCACUCUCACCUUGGCCAUCCACCGAACAAGGUGUCCCCAAAUCGGCCAAAUCCCAAACUCCUAUGGGUCAAUUUGGGCAGCCAAAUACUCCUGGCAGUCUUAGAUCGCCUCUUCCGCAGAUGGUAGCAAAUUCGGCUAUUCAGAAUACAACCUUGAACGCCCCUGAUAAAAGCGCCAACGAUCUUCCUCUGCUCUCACCUUACAAUGGUACUAGUGGAAACUGGGCUUCUAUGGUAAACACGCCAAUGAACGCGACUUUUAAUGCCCCAACUUCUGGAGCUUCACAAGCUGAUAUGGUGGCAAAUGCGACUGCUAUGAAGCUCGCCGCCCUCUCUACCGUCAACACUCGCUUUGCUCUGGAUGACGUGCGCAAGUACCGACGAACUCGGUCCAAUGACCCCCAUGGAACAGUCACUGCACAUGGUCAAGUUCUUCCUACCGCCAAUGUUGUUAUGGUGAAUGAGCACGGCCAAGUACUCAACAUGGACCAAGUUGCGUCUUUUCAACAAAACCAGUCAUUUGCAAGUCGCUCUCGGCCCAACUCACCAGGUAUUGCCGUUCAGCAGGCUGUCGGCCCUCUUCCCCCAUUUGCUCCUCAGCAGCAUGGUGGAUUCCUUAGUGCAUAUGAUGGAUCACCGGUCAUUAUGAACACUGGUGCGAUGGGCAUGGGUCAGCUUGGCAUUGCAGGGCAUGAGGGUUAUCUCUCGGACCAUUCGGACAUUGCGCGAGGUCGUUCGCCUAGGGGUCGCCGUGGAAGCUCUAAGCCGCCUGAGGAUCCUACUGAUCCAAGUUUGCUACAGGAUAUUCCUAGCUGGUUAAGGAGCCUUCGCCUGCACAAAUACACCGAUAAUCUUAAGGAUAUGCGGUGGACAGAGCUUGUCGAGCUCGAUGACAAGGCCCUGGAAGACCGUGGCGUUAAUGCUUUAGGGGCUCGACGUAAAAUGCUCAAGGUAUUUGAGCAGGUCAAGGAAGCGAAGGCAGAGGGGCGAUUGGCCUAG